CUUCACAAGCAAUGCCAACAGUGCAAGAGAGCAAAGCUGAGAAGACCUCUUGAAGACUUUAAGGAUGUGGGGCCUGCUCGCCACUCUGCUGUUUUCCUCCCUUGGCUCUCAUGUGGAUGCUGCAUGUCCCAGGACCUAUUUUAAAUACUUCAAUGACACACCAUGCCUGAAUUACAGUGGUGGGUUUCCUUUCCCCAAAGUCAAUUUCAGUGUGUGGCAACAAGUGAAAGAGCUGGAUCUGUCCAAUAACAACAUCACAACCUUAUCAGAAUUGGAGUCUGGAAAAAACCUGGAAUCAUUGUUCCUUCACAAUAAUAAACUGAAGAGCCUUCCUUCCGACUUCUUUGACAAAACACCCAAACUGAAGGUCCUGAGUUUGGAGAAGAACCAGCUUAGCUCUCUAUCCAUUGAAAACUUCCAUCACUGCUUGGAGGAGCUCCGCGUGGACUGUCACUGCAACGUGGCUGGUGGCCUUUUGAAUUAUUGCUACAACUGCUCAGAUCGCGGCAUCAAAUGCCAGUGCUUCACUUCUGAAAGACUGGAUAAUGUAACUGAUUACUAUGAGAACAAGUGCCAUGUCAUAACUGGGUAUUCUAUCUAUGUUAGCAUCACCAUAGCAAUUUUGAUUCUGCUUCUGUUGGCCAUCCUGGUUGUCUUUGUAAUCUGGUGGAAGAAAAGGGCCCCAAUCAACCAAGAAAAACGACCUUCCAACACAUCUGAAGGCACUUCUGGGCAGUCAAGGUACAUCAGCCGCUUACAUUCGCCAGGGAACACAUUUCAGGACAUGGGCUUCCACAAAGACUAUGAGAACGUCUUCAAUGACCAACCCAAGGGCAAAGUGGGCAAAAUGAAAAGCGGGCAGGGCAACCACCAGAGCCGGAAGGAGACUACCACCAAAAGGUGA